AUGCUGUUGCAGUGCAGUCUCAUCAGAAAAUCAGAAACAGCUGCGCAGAAGCGGCUGCGCAGGAACAGCUGCGCAGAAGCGGCUGCGCAGAAGCGGCUGCGCAGAAGCGGCUGCGCAGAAGCGGCUGCGCAGAAGCGGCUGCGCAGAAACGGCUGCGCAGAAGCGGCUGCGCAGAAGCGGCUGCGCAGAAGCGGCUGCGCAGAAGCGGCUGCGCACAAGCGGCUGCGCACAAGCGGCUGCGCACAAGCGGCUGCGCAGAAGCGGCUGCGCAGAAGCGGCUGCGCAGAAGCGGCUGCGCAGAAGCGGCUGCGCAGAAGCGGCUGCGCAGAAGCGGCUGCGCAGAAGCGGCUGCGCAGAAGCGGCUGCGCAGAAGCGGCUGCGCAGAAGCGGCUGCGCAGAAGCGCCUGCGCAGAAGCGGCUGCGCAGAAGCGGCUGCGCAGAAGCGGCUGCGCAGAAACGGCUGCGCAGAAACGGCUGCGCAGAAACGGCUGCGCAGAAACGGCUGCGCAGAAACGGCUGCGCAGCAGCGGCUGCGCAGAAGCGGCUGCGCAGAAGCGGCUGCGCAGAAGCGGCUGCGCAGAAGCGGCUGCGCAGAAGCGGCUGCGCAGAAGCGGCUGCGCAGAAGCGGCUGCGCAGAAACGGCUGCGCAGAUGCAGCUGCGCAGAAACAGCUGCGCAGAAACAGCUGCGCAGAAACAGCUGCGCAGAAACAGCUGCGCAGAAGCGGCUGCGCAGAAGCGGCUGCGCAGAAGCGGCUGCGCAGAAGCGGCUGCGCUGA